AUCGGGGAAAGUCUGCCGGCUGGAUUCUUCCAGAAAAUAAGUUCGCAAUAAACCAUAAACCUCUGUUCUGGUUGCUCGGAUCAUUCUGUACACCGUCGCAUUCACUAUUCGAAGCUCGUCUCCCCCUCUAUAUCUCUACGAGUACCCUCUGCCGCCUCAUAUUAUUCAAAAUGACUACCGCACUCAAGAGCAUUCGUUCUCUCGCUCCCCUGCUUGACCGGGUCCUGAUUCAGCGCAUCAAAGCCGAAGCCAGAACCGCUGGUGGCAUCUAUCUCCCCGAGAGCAGCGUGAAGGAAUUGAACGAAGCCAAAGUCCUGGCCGUCGGACCUGGUGGUUUCGACAGGGAUGGAAAGAGAAUAGGAAUGAGCGUGAAGGAAGGCGACAAGGUGUUGAUUCCUCAGUAUGGAGGUAGCCCCGUGAAGGUCGGUGAGGAAGAGUAUUCUCUAUUCCGGGACUCUGAGAUCCUGGCGAAGAUCAACGAAUAGAUUGACUAUCCUGCUAUCUCAUGUCAUGGCGUUGGGGCGAUACUUUCUGCUCAGAAUCACUGGCCCCAGGACAUAAAAAAGACCUUACUUUAGCGAUUUGUACAGCAUGUAUUACCACCAAGACACCCUCGAUGUUUCCGAACCGUCAGCCGAUCAGUCCGUCUAGGCAGAGUUGCGCAGGAAAUUGUAAUCACAGCAUCCAUCAGAGGGAGUGUGGAGUUGUUCCGGCAUCUUGUCGAUAUACCUUGUGUAUUUGUGGCUGCCACAAUCAAAAGCACAAUCUUCUCCGCUCAAAUCAAGAAAAUUGUCCAGGCAU